CGCGAGCACACCUUUAAGCGCCGCAGGCUGGGCGUUUGGAAGGCGACCCGGUGCGGAGAGGAGGCGGCUCCUGCCUGCUACCCGGAGUCUGUGCGACCCGAAGGCUUGCAUAAGGCCGCGCCGCCCUUUCCCGUGCUUACGCAUCCGCUGCCGAAGUCACCUGGAGAGUGCCCUUCCCCCCCGGGCUUCCCCGGGCACAGGCUGCCUCCUUCCCUGUCCUCCGGAGGCAGAUUGCCAUGGGAAGUACCUUUACUUCUGGAAGGCCAGAGAAGACAUGGGAGAACAACGGAACACAAGUAGUAAGGAGCUGACUGCUGCAGAGGCAACAGGACAGAGUGGGAAGGAGAGGGCCUGAGUCACUUAGCUCUGUGACUGUGGACAAAGUCACUUAAUCACCAGAAGUAGGGUUUCCUGACUUUCAGGAGUCUUGGAAAAGUGCGAGCCGUAGAAGCGCACAAUGAGUGGUGGCUGCUUGGAUUGUAAGGACUUGCUCACUGCGUAAGGCCCCCUGGAACCAUCUGAUGGAAGCACGAAAACCAAACUGGAGUUCCUGCUUCCAGUUUUCCAUGGCCAUUCUACCCCCCCUACAUGAGAAGUUGGGAUUCUCAAGCCCAGUUUCAGAGUAAAGGUUAUGUGGAGGCUUUGGAACUCCCUGGAGCUGUAGCUCUUGGGAAUCAAAAGCGUUGUAGAACAGCCUACGUGAGGUAGACCGUUGUGCUAGGGAGUUCCUCGGUUCUGUUUUAACUGUGUUGAGUUGGAAGGCUGAAUUCCUGUCAAUGAAUGACCUGAUCUGUCGCAGUGGAAACAAGUUGCAAUCUGUAUCUUGAUCUGGUGGGAGCGCAUAUAUAUCAAAAAUUGAUCAAGCUGCACGCUUCAUACCUGUACACUAUAUAUGAACUUCAGCGCUCACGUUAAAAAGAGAGAGAGGAAGAAAUGGACCCUAUCACACAUACUUUUAGAAAGGAUUAUUGUUCUCAGUUAGAAGUAUCCAUGGAGAACACUGAAAACUCAGUGGAUGCAAAAUCCUUUAAAAAUGCAGAAACAAAGAUCUUACAUGGAAGCAAAUCAAUGGACUCGGGAAUGUCCUUCGACAACAGUUAUAAAAUGGAUUAUCCUGAAAUGGGUUUAUGUAUAAUAAUUAAUAAUAAGAACUUUCAUAAAAGUACUGGAAUGGCACCUCGGUCUGGUACAGAUGUAGAUGCAGCAAACCUCAGGGAAACAUUCACAAAUUUGAAAUAUGAAGUCAGAAAUAAAAAUGAUCUCACAUGCGAAGAAAUUUUGGAAUUAAUGAACAGUGUCUCUAAAGAAGAUCAUAGCAAAAGAAGCAGUUUUGUUUGCGUGCUUCUAAGCCAUGGGGAUGAAGGAAUAAUUUUUGGAACAAAUGGACCUGUUGACCUGAGAAAAGUAACAGGUUUCUUCCGAGGAGAUUACUGUAGAAGUCUGACUGGAAAACCCAAACUUUUCAUUAUUCAGGCCUGCCGAGGUACAGAACUAGACUGUGGUAUUGAGACUGACAGUGGAAUUGAGGAUGACAUGGCCUGUCAGAAAAUACCAGUCGAAGCGGACUUCUUGUAUGCUUACUCUACAGCCCCUGGUUACUAUUCCUGGCGAAAUUCAAAGGAUGGAUCAUGGUUCAUCCAGUCACUUUGUGCUAUGCUGAAACUAUACGCUCACAAGCUUGAGUUUAUGCAUAUUCUUACUCGGGUUAACCGAAAGGUCGCAACAGAAUUUGAGUCCUUUUCUCUUGACUCUGCUUUUCAUGGAAAGAAACAGAUUCCAUGUAUUGUGUCUAUGCUCACAAAAGAACUGUAUCUUUAUCACUGAAGAUGGAUAGGUUGGUUUGUUUUUUUUUGGUUCAUAUGCCAAGUGAGGAAAUGGUUUAACUGAUCCUAUAUUUUCCUCUCAUUUAAAUCUAAUUGAAUACUUGAAGUGCUACUUCGGAACAUGCUCCUUUCAUAGCAAUAGAACUAUGAGGCUACCUCACACUCAGAACCAGGUAGCUGAAAUUGAAUUUAAUUAGGAAUAAAUAGAAAUGGAUAAUAGUAUAAUCAUUGUGAGAGGAAAUGUUUCUAAAUUAACUGCCCUGAUAAUUAGCAAGUUUUAGUGAUGGUGUUAUGAAUUUUUAAGUAAUUAUGGAAAAAAAGUUAAGCAUUGUAGUUAUGAAUGUCAGUGAUCUUGAUCUGUUCUUAUUUGAAAGUAUGCACCCUGGUUUUUGUCAAACUAUAGACACAGCUCCGUGGGCAUGAUCAAAAUCUAAAAGACCUACCUUGAUUUUUAGAAUCAGGAUAGGGACAUAAGUCACUGUAUUUUUAGAUCAUUUGUCUGAGCGCAUGGUUUUGUGGUGUUUGGCUGAAGCAUGUCUUUGUUGCAAAAAGUCAUGUUUAAUAUUGAAAAAGAAACUAAUUUGCCAGAAAGGAAGUGUGAACAAAUCCCAUAGACUCUUACGAUGCUAAAUGCAACAUUAAAGGAGGGAGGCAGAGUUAGAAUCACAAGGUGCUGAAAUGUAGUUCAUCCACCAACAUCCAUCUCCUGUAGUUUGUGGCUGGGCCAAUCUGUUGAGCUUCACAUACCAGCAAAAUACAUGAAGAGCUAUUGUAUAAGAACCUCAAACUGCUGAUCACCUGAUAGCAGCGUGAAUUGAAGAAAUUCUGCAGGAACAUACUGAAAUACAACUUACAUAAUAAACACUGAAAUGCCAUGGAGAAGCAAUAAAUCAGUCAACCAGGCACUCUAAUUAGAAGAUGGUUUGAGCGUGAGCAGAGACACUGUAGGCACAGCCUGUGUGAUGAGGGCAGGGCCCUGGACCAGCUUUAGAAAAAGCACUGCUAGCUUUUUCUUUCUCUCUUUUUUUUUUUUUUUUUUGUAUGGACUGGUGUGUGUGGAGGAUGUCCCCCAGGUCAGGAACCUCUAAGAAAGCAAACCAAAUCAGAAACUUCUGAGAUGGAUGGUCUCCAAAGACGCUAAGAGUCACAACAGCAACCACAGCACAUUUUGUAGUACAAUUUUUAAGCAUGAUAAGUUAUUUUCUGUUGAAGUUUACAAUCAAAGGUACAGGAAAUGGUACUGUUAUAAUGAUGUACUGUUCGCUGAAAUGAAAGGCCCAUGGCACACAGGUCCUUGGAAAUUGCUGGUGUCCCUGCUCCUUUGGCACACCAGGAAGCAGUAGCACAGCCCCAAUGGGCAGGCCCUGAGUCCGUGCUCCAUCCCAGUGCCUCUCUGGUUUUGCAGUCUGACAUUUCCUAUAAGCUCUCUUUUUCUCAAAGGAAACUCACAUUUAUAAAUGACCACUCUGUCUCACCUGUGGAACUUUUUCUAAGUAAACGAAGCAUGUAAUGGUAUCUUAAGACGUGCUCCUGUGUGACAAUUUUGUAAACUUUUGUUAUGAAUUUUUAUUUCAAAAUGCAAGUUUUAACUUACAAAUUACUGGUGUGUUCAAGUUUUUGUUGUUGU